CUCACGUUGUCGUUAUUAGACCAAGACAAGCUGCCUGUCUGUUUAGUAGUCAGGGGAAGCCUCGACGGAGAGGACCGGGCUGCGGAAGCGAGAUGGAAACCGGAGGAGAAAGUUUGCUCAGGUCCCGCAGCCGAGCCGUCAACGAUCCGUCUGCCUUCCCAGACCUGGAUGGAGGAUCUAGUCCUGGAAGACAUCCGCAUGGGAACGGCGAUAACCACAUCACAAGCAAUGGGAAAAUUGAAGUGGAGCAUGUGAUCAGCAAAAAGCUGCAACUAAAAAGGAAAGCAGAGGGCCUGAAGAGUGACCUGAUGCGUCAGUUUGAAAGCCAAGUCCAUGAUUUUAUGGACAGUCUUAUUGAAGAAUCAGCCAGCCUUGAGUCCACACCUCUACCUGCAGCCUUCUCACCUCCACUGUCGGACAAGGAGAGGAGCAAACUUGGGCACUUUCAGCCUCCUCAUGGCCACGGGAAGCACUUUGUUACUCGGAGAUCCCUGCUAGAUGAACUGUUUGAGGUGAACCACAUCAGGACCAUCUACCAUAUGUUUAUUGCCCUGCUCAUUCUCUUUAUUCUCAGCACAGUCGUGGUUGAUUUCCUUGAUGAAGGCAGGUUGGUCUUGGACUUUGACCUGCUGGUCUAUGCAUUUGGACAGUUCCCUCUAGUGGUGUGCACAUGGCUUUGCAUGUCCCUGUCCGUACUGCUGGUUCCCUACACCUUAUUCCAUCUGUGGUCACAAAGCCAGUCGGGCUCCCAUGGCCAGCAGAGGCUGUACACUUGGCUGUUCGGCUCUGCGUUCCUGCUCUACCAAGGCCUGUGUUUGGGUUUCCUACCAACAUAUGUGGUAGUGACCAACAGUUUCCCGCCUGCUUCUUGCUUCAUCGUCAUCAUAGAACAGGUUCGCCUGAUGAUGAAAGCCCACUCCUUUGUCAGAGAGAAUGUGCCAAGAGUCCUAGUCUGGAAAAAAGACAAGACAAGCAGUGGACCUGUGGUUCCUCAAGUUUCCCAGUAUCUCUACUUCCUGUUUGCACCAACUCUUAUUUAUAGAGACAAAUACCCUAGAAACCCGGUGACCAGAUGGGGCUAUGUGGCCUCAAAGUUACUUCAGGUACUUGGCUGUCUCUUUUAUACCUACUACAUAUUUGUGCGGUUGUGCAUCCCACAGUUUCGCAGCAUCAGUCUGCAGCUGUUCAAUCUGCGUGCCAUGGUCCUUUGUGUCUUUAACUCUAUACUGCCAGGUGUUUUGGUUCUCCUGCUGGGUUUUUUUGCCUUUCUCCACUGCUGGCUCAACGCUUUUGCAGAGAUGCUUCGCUUUGCAGACCGAAUGUUUUACAAGGACUGGUGGAACUCAACAUCUUAUGCUAAUUACUACCGUACCUGGAAUGUGGUUGUCCAUGACUGGCUGUAUUACUACGUGUACAAGGACUUCCUUUUGAUAUCUCAGAAGCGUUUCCGACCAGCCGCCAUGUUUUUUGUAUUUACUGUGUCUGCAGUGGUGCAUGAGUACAUUCUUGCAGUUAGCUUCGGAUUCUUCUACCCGGUGCUUUUCUGCCUCUUUAUGUGCUUUGGAAUGAUGUUCAACUUUAUUUUCCACGAUCGAAGGAAAGGCCCGAUUUGGAACAUAUUAAUGUGGACGUCCCUCUUUCUGGGUCAGGGCGUCAUAAUGUGUCUUUACUCUCAAGAGUGGUAUGCCAGACGGUACUGUCCACUCAAAGAGUCUUCAUUCCUGGACUUGCUGAAGCCUCGUUCGUGGAGUUGUCAGAGAGACCUAAUGGCUGGACCAGAUAAGAUAAGAUGGGAGUAUUGAGAGGAACCCUAUCACCAGUCAAGAUGGACUCCACCAGCCCUCCUCUCACUGUCAUUCUUAAUUUAUUGCAUUUAAAAAUGAGUCCUACAGUGUGUGAAUGAAUGUAUUAGAGACUAUCUGCUGAGAUGCCAAAAUCACAACAUCAAG